UUCACUAUUGCCACGGUUGUUGCUGUUUGCAUUUCCAAGGGCAGAAACCAGCUGAACAAAGAUAAUCAAGCUGAAAGACGUUUAAACAGCAUCCUGCUAUUAAUAAACCUAAGGAUGAAUCCUGAGUAUGACUACCUGUUCAAGUUGCUCCUGAUUGGGGACUCUGGUGUGGGAAAGUCAUGUUUACUUCUACGGUUUGCUGAUGACACCUAUACAGAGAGCUACAUCAGCACUAUUGGAGUAGAUUUUAAAAUCAGAACUAUCGAAAUGGAGGGGAAGACUGUUAAACUGCAGAUUUGGGAUACAGCAGGGCAAGAGCGAUUUAGAACAAUAACAUCCAGCUAUUAUCGAGGGGCACAUGGGAUUAUAAUUGUCUAUGAUGUCACAGAGCAGGAGUCUUUCAACAAUGUGAAGCAAUGGUUAGAAGAAAUUGAUCGCUACGCCUGUGAAAAUGUCUCCAAGUUGUUAGUCGGUAAUAAGAGUGACCUUGCUUCAAAAAAGGUGGUAGACUUUACCACAGCAAAGGAAUUUGCUGAGUCACUCAAAAUCCCAUUCCUGGAGACAAGUGCCAAGAACGCAAACAACGUAGAGAAGGCAUUUUUAACAAUGGCCUCUGAAAUCCAGAAGAGGAUCGGGACGGACAGCGUCCAGAAUGAAGCUGUUAAAAUGGGAUCCAAAAUAAACAGUGCCCCCUUAUGGCCUGGUGGAGAGAAGUCAGUGGCUGAGGAGGUCAGCUCUUGUUGUUAG